AAUAAACCACAAGCAGUGGAUGAUGAAGUUUGGGAAGAAUUGGAUGAAGAUGUUAUGGAAGAAUGCAUGAUUUUAGCCACACAGAUGUGCACUACCGAUACAGUCAAGGAGAGCAAAAAAGGAAACGGUGCUCAUCAUGUUUCUGAAACUUUUAACAUUUCCAAGAGAAGUGAGAAUGGUGACUUAUUAGGGGAUAGUGGCUUUUCAAGCGCAAGAGGCACAGCGCAUGAAACUUCUAAAGGGUUUGGUAGGCCAGGAAAGGUCAAGAGCUCAGAUAAUCUUGCAAAUAAAUCCUUUAAAGGUAAUGCAUAUGCAAGCAGAUUUGAUGAUUUUGCAUCAACUUCUGAUUCUCAAAAAUUAAAUGCUACCAAAACAUACCAGAAUUCUGGUAGAGUAUACAACUCCAUUCCUAUAAAAGGGAAUAAUGUCAACAAAGGGACCCCAGUUGUUCAACCAAGCACCAGCAAAGACAACUUCAGGGAUGAAUCUCAAAAUGUAUCCAAAUGGACAGACAGUGAUGUAGCAAAGCUUCAGGAAGAGAUUCAGUUGAAACAAGGUGAAAUAUCUAUGCUAAGAUCAGAACUGAAAAGGAAGGAGACAGCCUUAGCUGCUGAGAGAUUAGAAAGAUGUAGUAUUGUAGAUCAAGCAGAAAAGAGAGGAAGAGAAAAGGCUGCUUUAGCAACGGUAGAAGCAGAAAAGAAAAUAAAGCACAUCAGCAAAACGGUAGAGAAACUUCAAGAUGAACUUCAUUUCAAGAAUCGGGAAAUAGAGGAACUUGAAGGCCAGUGUCGACGUUUAGAGAGGCAGACUCAGCAGCAAUCAAUUUCACCGUCUCAGAAAAGCAGAAAAGACAUUUCAGCUGUUGAAAAAUCUCCUGGAAAGUCCAGUUCUAGUUUCAAAAACCAUUUUGAUUUUAGCACUUCUGUCAGCAAGAAGAACAUGGCAGCGCAAACAGAAGUGCUGAAAGAGAGUAAAAAAAGGCCAAAGUUAGAGGUAACUUUUCCAAGAGGCAGGGCUCGCUUAAGUCGACAGAUAGUCUGCUUAUUUUCCAAUGAUGCAUUAGAAAGAUUCAGCAAGUCAUCCAGCCACUCUGGUAGGUGGGCUCUUAAUGACGAAUGGAGAAAUAUUUUGAGCCAAAUGGUUUUGGAUUAUGAAGAUGGUGACAAUGUACAAAAACAGUUGUUAGCCCUUAGUAUUCAAAGGCUUGAAGAAGUACACACCAUUUUUGCAUCUAACAAAGUUGAUGGUUCAAGAUCACCCCCAACAAAUUUUGAUCCAGUUGAUUCGUACGAAAGUCUUGUAGUUCCUGCUCUUGCAAUUUUGAAGUCCUUAACCACCACUCAGUUUACAGAUCUGUUACAAAAAGCCAUUGAAGUUGUUUGCUCACAUUUGCUUCAGAUCUCUUAUAGAGAUUUGAUCAUUAAUGAGCAUAUGUGGCCUCUUACUCUACAAGCUUUAAGUCAGCUAUCAAGAAUCAUUACUCAGAUUGACAAGACCAUAUGUGUGUUGUUAGCUGAGAAAUUGAGGGACUUUUGCAAAAAUAACUGCUCCAAUGAGAAGCUUAUGUCAUUACUACAAGUGCUUCAAGACUCGGCACAUCAUAAGCACUUCGCAGAAAGUUUAUGUACUAAAUGA